AUGGCCACCUUCUCCAAGCUCUUUUUCGCCAUCUUUGUUACUGCUGGUGCCGCGAAUGCGUGCUACAUAGCAUGCAACUCUAGCACUGCCGGCAAGUUCUCUCUCAUUCACUUGAGCCAAAGGAUCAUGGUGGACAAGCCCAUGCUACCAUCCUCCCUUCUUCUGGCUGCGGCUCUCUUUCGUGCACCCGCUGUCCCAGCGAGAAAUCCUCCAACAAAUCCUUCUGUCGUCAAAAAUCCCAGAUUAAACGUUACAAGGCAGAGAGAUUGCCCAGAAGUCAUGUCAGCAACCACCACGGCGCUCACGGAGACGAUUCCUCGUCCAAAUGUCGACGAAACCAUUCAGCAAAAACCAUAUGAAUAUAACACGGCAAUGACCUCAAAGGCGCAACUCCCUACUCCUUUAAACGAGCGAAAUUCGGUUCAUUCGGACCACCACCGACCGGGAUCCAAAGCGGCUUCGUUCAUGAGCCAGACGGGUCGAAUCACGGGCCAGGAAAGGUCGCUGGAUAGCAAUGCGGGAGAAGGUGGGGUUGAUGCCGUCACACCAGCGAUGCGUCGCCGCGAAAAGGCUGUCAUUGCCGCAAUGUGUUUUGCCCUCUUCCUCGCAGGAUGGAAUGACGGGACUACUGGACCACUACUCCCACGUAUUCAACGAGUAUACGGCGUCAAUUUUGCCGUCGUGUCCAUCAUCUUCAUUUCCAACUGUCUGGGGUUUAUCUCAGGCGCACUCGCCAACGUAUUCUGGACAGACCGAUAUCCCUUUGGCUCGCUCAUCAUCGGCGCUUCUAUUUGCCAAGUUGUCGCAUACAGCAUUCAAUCAGCAGCACCACCCUUUCCACUUCUCUGUAUCGCCUAUGCUCUCAACGGUUUCGGUAUCUCUAUACAAGACGCACAGGCCAAUGGACUCGUAGCAAGCGUACAUGAACACGCAAGCGAGAAGAUGGGACUACUUCAUGCCAUCUACGGCGUCGGAGCGUUCGCAGCUCCUCUCGUCGCCACCCAAUUCGCCCAGUUGAGGAGAUGGUCAUUCCAUUUCCUUGUAUCUUUAGGAAUUGCAGUGGUAAAUACGGUCGUCUUGGUGCUGACGGUCAAGAACAAGUCUCUCGAAAAUAUUUUGCGUUCCAUCGGGUCUCCACCAGCCGAGACCCAUGCAGACGAACAACCGCCAAACAUUGAAAUGAGUUCCCUUGAGAACACCAAUGCUGCAGAGGCUAAAACAGACGCCACUAAACCGAGCUCGAUGAACCAAAUUCUCAAGAACGUUACGGUUCAGCUCAUGGCUAUCUUUAUUCUGGUUUACGUUGGCGUCGAGUGUCUAGGGUGGAUUGUCACCUACUUGAUUGAUGUUCGAGGCGGUGGACCCUCGUCAGGUUAUGCAUCGUCUGGAUUCUUCGGAGGUCUCACCUUUGGACGUAUUGCGCUACUAUGGGUGAAUAGAGUCGUAGGCGAGCGGAGAGUUGUCUUUAUCUACGCGGCACUAGCCAUUGGAUUUGAGUUGGUCAUCUGGCUCGUCCCUUCGCUCGUCGGAAACGCCGUCGCAGUCUCCAUCAUUGGUAUCCUUCUUGGACCAAUGUACCCUCUGUGUAUGAACCACGCCGGACGCGUCUUACCACGGAGAAUUCUCACUGGAUCCAUCGGAUGGAUGGCCGGGUUCGGCCAGGCAGGGUCAGCAGUAAUUCCGUUCAUGACUGGUGCGCUCGCGAAUCGAUUCGGCAUCAAGUCCUUGCAGCCAUUGUUGGUCGCCAUGAUGGGACUCAUGACCGCUCUAUGGGCUGUCAUCCCAAAUCACGCGAAGCGUCGCGAUUGA